AUGAGCAAUACAAGUGACAAUAAAACAGAAAAUUGUGCGUUUAGUAGCAAUAAAAACUUUUUUAAUAAAAAAGACGACUAUGAUCUUCCAUGGGUAGAAAAGUAUCGUCCAACACGUCUUGAAGAUAUUGUGGGAAAUACAGAAACAAUUGAAAGAUUAAAAGUUAUUUCAGUUAAUGGGAAUAUGCCACAUAUUAUGAUCUCUGGGAUGCCAGGGAUUGGAAAAACAACAUCAGUAAUGUGUCUUGCACACCAGAUGCUUGGAAGUGCAUUUGGAGAAGCUGUACUUGAAUUGAAUGCAUCUGAUGAACGUGGUAUUGAUGUUGUUCGGAAUCGUAUCAAAGGGUUUUCACAAAAAAAGGUUAAUCUUCCUCCUGGAAAGCAUAAGAUAAUCGUUUUAGAUGAAGCAGAUAGUAUGACUCCUGGAGCACAGCAAGCACUUAGGAGAAUUAUGGAAAUUUAUUCUAAUACUACUCGGUUUGCAUUUAUAUGCAAUCAAUCUAAUAAGAUUAUUGAGCCAAUACAAUCAAGAUGUGCAAUUCUUAGGUAUUCUAGAUUAACUGAUCAACAAAUUCUUCAAAGAUUACUUGAAAUAUGUAAAAUUGAAAAUAUUCAAUAUAAUGAUGAUGGUCUUUCCGCACUUAUAUUUUCUUCAGAAGGCGAUAUGAGGCAAGCUAUUAAUAAUCUUCAAAGUACGGUGAUGGGUUUUGGAUUUGUUAAAGGAGAAAAUGUAUUUAAAGUAGUUGAUCAACCAUCUCCUGGAGCAAUAAAGAAUAUUAUCCAUAGUUGUGAAAAAGGGGACAUUAAUACUGCAAUUGAGACACUUAAAGAUCUUUUGAAUUUAGGAUAUAGUGUUUUAGAUAUUAUUACAACAUUUUUUAAAGUUGUAAAAAUGAUGGAUGAAUUACCUGAAUAUACACGUUUAGAGUAUAUUAAAGAAAUCGGAACAACACAUAUGAUUAUUCUUGAAGGUGUACAAACAUCAUUGCAAUUAUGUGGUUUACUUGCGCGUUUAACAAAAAAGAAUAUGGACCCUAAAUAUUUUACUGUAGAAUGA